ACACUGCAAAUUUCCCCACUAAUAAAGGGAUAUCUUAUCUUAUCUUAAAAAGUUGGAUCGUUGCAUCCCUACAGAAAAAUAAUGUGACUACAUAAUAGCGAUGGCAAACAAUUAAAACUCAAGUGUACACUUUCAUCCACGAUCAAUCAAUACUGUUUUUCAAAUAAUAUUUAUCAAAUAAUAUUUAUCAAAAAAUAUCAAAUAUAUUCUGUGAAAUUUAAACUCCCAUUUCAUCUCUUCAGGGGUUCAAACAAGUUGAACAAUAGAUAGAUAUUUUGGUUGCAACAUAAUUCUGUAUUAACUGGGUAUGUCAUCAGUUAAUAAUACAAAUAUAGAAAAUAGAAAUGAACAAUAACACUAUAGCCUAUACAUGUUAUAAUCAAACAUGUCAACACGUGGUUCUUAAGAAGGGUUUUUAUUUUGAGGAAUAUCCUAUCUUAUCUUAAAAAGUCGGAUAGUUGCAUCCCUACAGAAAAUAAUGUGACUACAUAAUAGUGAUUAGAUUCAAACAAAUUCAAACAAUAGAUAUUUCGGUUGCAACAUAAUUUUGUAUUAACUGGGUAUGUCAUCAGUUAAUUUCAUAUUUUUUUAUUAACAAUAACACCAUAGCCUAUACAUGUUCUAAUCAAACAUUUCAUCAACACGUGGUUCUUAAGAGGGGUUUUAUUUUGAAGGCUCUCGUCGGAAGCUCUGUGUGUCCCCCUGCUGGUUUGACCGUCGCGGCUGGGUGAUGAUUUGCUUACUUGGAGCAGGACUGAGUUGGAGCGGGUACUGUGAAAUGUGUAACCAUGAUGUUGCCUGGCUAAUCAGAGGAGGACGUUAAGGAGACAGAGACCCACAACCAGCUGAAGGCAAGUGAAGCAGGCGGGACAGCCACACCUCAUGCGUGGGCUCAGCAAAGGUCCGAGUUGGAUACGGGUCUGACAAACAUGGGUGUCCUCCAGCUCCACAAUCCCACCCACCCCACCACGCUCCUGCAGCGGGCCAAUCAGAUGCGUCUGAGCGGCACCUUGUGUGAUGUCAUCAUCACGGUGGACGGCCAGGAGUUCCCGGCGCACCGCACCGUCCUGGCCUGCACCAGCAAAAUGUUCGAGAUCCUGUUCCACCGCAGCAGCCUGCGCUACGCCCUCGACUUCCUGUCCCCGAAGACCUUCCAGCAGAUCCUGGAGUACGCCUACACCGCCUCGCUCCAGGCCACGGCCGAGGACCUGGACGACCUGCUGUACGCCGCCGAGAUACUGGAGAUAGAGUACCUGGAGGAGCAGUGCCUGAAGGUGCUGGAGACCAUCCAGGCGGAGGAGACGGAGGAGGUGGCGGUGAGGACUCACAGCUCCGGUGACCACGGCGACCACAGCCGGGCCAGGCACUGGAGGCACAUGCUGAUGUCCAAGAAGCAUUCCAUACAGGACGGACCCAACCGCAUCACUCCCACCGCUCUGCACCACCUGGCGCUGUACCACAUGACGGAGGGGAGCUCUCCCGGCCCGGAAACGGCUCCCGAAUUGAGCCCCAAGCUGGACACGGAGGUAGACAUGGAGAGCUCCCAGCAGACUCGGCGUCGAAGCGCAGAGUUGUCCCAAGCCUCAUCCCUGGAUCCCAGCAGAAGUAUCAAAUCAGAGAGCAUGCAGGUGGAUGACGCCAACGGCUGCGAGGGCAGGUCUUCCAGCACCGGGGAGGGAAGCUGCGUGUCAGACCAGGCCAGAGACGAGGGCCCGGGGACGCCCCUGAGAGGCAGCGUCAUCACCAGCGCCCGAGAGCUGCACACGGGCCCCGAAGACGGGGGACAAGUGGUGGGGAACUCUCUCGACUCUUUCCCCGGGAUCUCUGACAAACAUCUGGCCUCCAUAUACUCUGUGCCCUCCAACCACACAGGGGAGGGGAUGCUGCCGGUGCCCGUCUCGGUGGCCUCGUCCUUGGGCGUGCCUAUGGACCCGAGGGCCUACGGCGGCCUCCUGCACCAAGGCUUACUGCACAGAGAGCUCCUCAGCAGACUGGGCCAGUUUGCUGCAGGGAUGAGGCACGAGGGCCAGGUUCAAGGCCAGCAGUGCUGUGGCGAGUGUGGGCUUCAGCUGCACAGCAGGCAGGCCAUGGAGCAGCACAGGAGGCUGCACACCGAGGAGAAAGGCCACGGCUGCGAAUACUGUGGCAAACACUUCCAGGACAGCAUGCGGCUAAGGAUGCACAUGCUGUCUCACACAGGGAUGUGCCGCAGGCGGAAAGCGUCUGCUGUAGAGAGAACACCCAGUCCUUCUGUGGCCUCUCAGGCAGACAGUCUGCUCACUGUUCAGAGACUGAUAACAGGGCACGCUCCUGCAGAGGCGCUGGUGUGUGAUCAGUGUGGAGCGACAUUCUCCUCCGAGGAUGCUCUGGAAGCCCACAGGCAAACACACACAGGGACUGACAUGGCGGUGUUCUGUCUGCUGUGUGCAAAGCGCUUCCAGACCCAGAAGGCCCUGCAGCAGCACAUGGAGGUCCAUGCAGGCAUGCACAGCUACAUCUGUAGCCACUGCGAGCGCCCCUUCCCCAGCCACACUACCCUCAAAAGACACUUGCGCUCGCACACGGGCGAUCACCCGUUUGAGUGUGAAUUCUGCGGGAGCUGUUUCAGAGACGACGGCACGCUGAGGGGCCACAAGCGCAUCCACACAGGAGAGAAGCCUUACGAGUGCAACGGCUGUGGGAAGAGGUUCAGCCUCAAACACCAGCUAGAAACACACUACCGUGUACAUACAGGUGAGAAGCCAUUCGAGUGUAAGCUGUGUCACCAACGGUCCAGAGACUACUCGGCUAUGAUCAAGCACCUGCGCACUCACAACGGAGCGUCUCCGUACCAGUGCACCAUCUGCCAGGACUUCUGCCCGAGCCUGGCCGCCAUGCAGAAGCACAUGAAGACCCACAAACCGGAGGAUGUGCCGGCGGACUGGAGGAUAGAAAAGACUUACUUGUACGUCUGUUACGUCUGAGCAGGACUUGGACCCCCACGCACACACACUGUCACUGUUGGGUGAAAACCUCGUAACUCCAGUGUUGCUGUUUUUUCAUGCUGAAAGAUUACAUGUCUCUCUAUGGGUUUAAAAAAAAAAAAAAUAAGUCAGACUCUUUUUGGAUAAACUGAUAAAUGCAUUGUGGGAAGUUGUCAUUCUGGGAGAUACAAGAUUUUUACCUGACAACAGAGACAUGCAAGCACGAAUACAAAUGUGUGUACACACUAGGGCUGCAACUAAUGAUUAGCUUCAUUAUCAAUUAGAUUAUUUUUACUACUAAGCGAUAAAUCGUUUAGUCUGAAAAAUGUCAGAAAAGUAGUCACAUUUUUGUGACAUUUUGAAAUAACUGCUGUUAUGUUGUCCGACCAACAGUCCAGUCUGAAGAGAUUUAGUUUACAAUGAUAUUAAACCGAUAAAAGCAGCAAUUUCUUGCAUUUUGAGAAGCAGGAAACUGUGAAUAUUUAGCAUUUUUCCCCCGAAAAAUGGCUUUAACUCAAAAUUGUCAACAAUAAGUUUCCUGACGACUUAUUGUUUCAGCCCUAGUGCACACAAACAUACACUCACCAUCUCUAAUGGAUCCACUGUGGUUAAAAUCAAAUCCACAAUAGCUACGUCUGCUGACCUGUAUGUGUAGCAGGAGCUUUUUGAUUGGUUGAUUGAUUGCUAAACCAUCAGGCAACCUGAGUCAUCUUCUAUGAUUGUGCAGUAGACGUUGAAAAUAAUUCCACGAAGACUUGAUUGGCUGAACUUUGCAACAUUUUCUCGCCUAAAUUCCUGUGACUUCUCAGUUUUAUUUUUCUGCUGUUGGGUUUUAUUUUGGAGUUUUUUUUUUUUAUGUUGCAUGUACUUGAACGGCUGCCACGUUUUGACCUCAUAAGCUUUAUCUCUUUAAUUGCCUUGUCUUUCUUGCAGUGGGUGUUAUUGUUUCGAGGUGGCUGGCUUACAAUUUGAGUUUCUCUUGCAAUGUAAUAGGUUUUGCUAUUUAUAUGUUGUUUAUUUGUUACCAAAUAUGUGCUGGUUUUCAUCACACAGUCGGUGUCAUCUUGGGAUGAUUUCUAGUAGAGCGAGCUCUACCUCUCCUCACUUUUAAACCUACUGCAAAUUAUUCAGUCAUCAGUAGAUUUAAUUUUCUAACAAAUACAUCAUAAUUUAAAUGGACAUGCAGUGUGUAAAAAAAAAACAGCCUCGACAUGGCUUUUACGUGUAGUUUUUUAUCAUUGACUAUAUAGAUGUCUUAUAAAAAUCACAGAAUCAGAAUUUUCUAGGAGAAAAUUGAAGAAAACAUGAAAAUGUCGUUGUCUUUUUUUAUUUACAAAAACCUAAAAAGAAAAUUCUGACAUUGAAUCACUAUGAGCAGGUAAUUGUCAGUUAUAGUGUAGCUGUAAUGUACAAACUGUCAUGGUAUGUUAUUCCCUUAUGUGAGCCUAACACAGGCCUUAUAGAUUUAAACAUGUUGUAUUUUUGUAUUACAGUAAUUUGCUAUCUGUUUACAUUUGGUAUGAUUUGAGAAACAUGUUAAUGUGUGUGUGUUUUAUAAGUCUCUGAUUUGAUUAAAAUCCCUCCCUUGUGCCUCUUUUAUAAGUAGAGCAUUGAUGUGCUUGAGUACAUGGGUCUGUGCUAUUGGUAGUUGUUUCUGGGUGUUUGUUUAUUGUUACUUAAUUAAAGAUAGACUGCCAUGUAGAUCCACUUUGUCUGAACAUUGCAACUGGAAGCAACAUACUGUGAUAGUGGCUGAUACUCUAAGACAAACGUGUACUUUUUUACAUCACAAUUGCUUGGAACUUGCAUCAAAUUGUUCCCUUCGAAGUGACAAUGGACUGAGAUCUUUGGAUGAAAACAGUGUGUAUAGCAAAUCUUGGCGUCUGUGGGCAUUACCGAUGCCUUCUUAAGUAGCCAACAACACUCAGUGCCAUGAAAACACACAUUCACUGUAUCUAUUCUACAUGAACAUGCACUAUAAAUGGAUUUCCUUGGUGGACCAAAAGAAACAGAGCACUUUUGUUUGAAAAAGGGGUUUAUUCUUUGAUCUUUCUAUGUUGUGAUAAUGCAGAUGUCCUUUUAUUUGAUGUGUCCUAGAAGGAUGUGAUUAGCAUUGUUUAGAUUAUGUCAAUGUCUGUCUACCUCAGGGCCAGAUCAAAGCUCGACCUGGUAUCCAAUCAGGGUUGUUCUUCUUGCCAUGUGUGCAGUAAAAUCCCUCUUCAUUACAGCUUUGUAACACAGUGUGUGAAAGUGUUUUCUCAGUGUGGAUUCAGGCACAACUCUGUAUGCGUCAGUGUUCGGUGGCAUGGUUAAAAAAAGAAUAAAACAAUUUACUAUUUUA